AUGGACGACCGCAAUGGGAGAAGGAAAGCGCGUCCCGCGGGCAAGACGUGCUCAGUUGUAGGAUGUAAAAACUGUAGCGGCGAUAUUCACGCCUGGAAUCGCUCUGUGUGCUCUGAACACGCCCCGCUCACGCAUAUGGACUGCCCGUGCUUGGUGCCUCUGUCAAUGCACCGGUUUCCAAAUGGAACGAAAAAUGAAGAACGCCGUCGACAGUGGCUGGCGAACCUCGAAAGGAAGAACUUCAACCCCGGUAAAAAUGCGAUGAUUUGCUCAAUCCACUUUCCUGACGGGAGGCCGACCUCCCUGAACCCUUAUCCGACCCAGCAUCUGGGAAAGGAAAAUAAGGAGCACAAGAUGCCAGGGAGUCCCCUGUGGGACUACUCCCGGUUGUCCUCGAUGUUGAGGACACCAUUGAUAGUCCUAACCCUGCGAGUUCACAUAGGACCUACAGCAUGCUUAACCGCACUGAGGCUCUUUGUUUGA